GCCCCAGACCCUUUGUUAUGGCGCUCGAAACCAGUCGCUACUUGCUUAUUUCUAAAGCAAUUUGUUUCUAAGGAAUUGAGAUUUCAAAUGGACGACUUAUCGCGAUGAGCGGGAAACGAGUUGUGUUCCAUGGUGCAAACGCGAGUCCGUGUUUAGAAGUUCAGGAGUCGGAGAUUCCAUCUAUUAGCGAAGGGGAGAUUUUAGGCACGCUUGUGACGGUCACCAUUUGUGGAUCCGACUUGCAUACCGUGCGAGGGAAGAGAAAAGAGGCAACACCUAGUGUGCUUGGGCAUGAGGGUGUGGUGGAAGUUAUCAGUCAUAAAAGGAAAAAUUCAAAUUUAGUGCAGGGUGACCGAGUGACGUUUCAUGUAGCAGACUGCUGCUACAGUUGUGAAUUCUGUCUGGAUGGACUGCACCAAAAGUGUAAAACCCUAUUCAAGUAUGGUCAUGCGCUGUUGUGCAAUGAAACAGGUUGGAAUGGCUGCUAUGCAACACAUAUUGUGUUGAGGAAGGGGACACAUGUUGUCAAGAUUCCUGAACACAUCCCAAGCAAGGUUGCUGCCCCUCUUAAUUGUGCCUUGGCAACUAUGGUAGCUGCAGUAGAUGAAAUACAUAAAAGAAGGACUGGUCAAAAAGAAACCACAAGGAAAAGAAUGGCUUUGAUUCAGGGGGCAGGGUUAUUGGGUAUAUAUGGCUGUGCCCUCCUUCAUGAGGCUGGAUACGACAAAGUCUAUUGCUCAGACAUCAGUUCAGAGAGACUCAAGAUGGUCAGCAGAUUUGCAGGCAUCCCGUUGGGCCCAGAUCAAGAACAUCUAGAAAAAAACUCUAUUGAUACUGUAAUAGAGGUUUGUGGUGUUCGUCAGGUACUCAGUGAGGGGAUUCGCGUCUUACGUCCAGGCGGUACUUAUGUAUUGGUUGGAAUGGUUCAUCCUGAUAGUCGGCUUGACAUGGUUACUGCAGAACAAAUCAUACGGAAGUGCCUUACUAUAAAAGGUGUUCAUAAUUACGGCCCUCUUCAUCUUGACCAAGCAGUCUCAUUCAUUGACCAAACUGCAAGCAAGUUCCCAUAUGCUGACCUGUUUAGUCCAACCUAUAGACUAGAAAAUAUUACUUCAGCAUUUGAACUGGCGGAAGAGCAGAAGUAUUUUCGUGUUUUGAUAGAACCUCGAGAACAUAUACCCUAGAAUACGGAAUGAUAAAAAAAAUAUGUAUAGGUGAUGUAACAGAAAGAUGUUUUAAAAUUUUUAUAUUCUUCUUAAUUUAAAAUGGCCUAAUAAUUGAAGAAUAUGCUGAUGGGAUCAUGCGCUUUCAGUAUAGAAAUAAAUGCGUAUCGAAUCGUA